AUGGGCAAUGCAAAUAGAAUAGAUUACACUAUUACUCAAAAUAGGCAUCCUGGCUGCACUGUAAUUUUCAUUUAGAAUUGUUUGGGCUGCUCAGAAUUAAUGCUUGAUGGUGGAGAACUGGCCAUUCAUCAACAAGUAGGCAUCCCUAGAGGUCGAAUAAUUCCUGAAAGUUUAAAAUACUUGACGAAUAAUGAGCUACAGUUACUUCAAGCUGCUGGGACAAAAAAUCUCAGCUCAAUUCGGUGGUAUCUUUCUCAAGGUAUCAGCCCAAAUACAUAUGAUGAAAAUCGCGGGUAAAAUAAAUUUUAUUAUAAAAAGUAAAUAAAUAUUUUUUAAUUAAAUUAGAUAGAAAAUAAAUUAUUAAUUGAUUUUUUUGACAACCAAAAAUCGAACAUCCCCACUCCACAUUGCAGCCCGUCAAGGAUCUUUACAAAUUAUUCAAGAGCUACUUAAUAAAGGAGCUUUUAUUAAUCUUACAGACUGCGCUGGCUGAACCCCUCUUCACGUAGCUUCAUAUUACGGCCGUGAACAAGCAGUUACUGAGCUUCUCUCUUAUGGUGCAGAUUUUUCACUUGUUAAUCGCAGAGGUGAAACCCCUUGUGACAUUGCUCGAACCCCUCAAACUCGCGAGGUUUUCAAUAAUUUUUGUAAAGACUCCUCUCAAAUUAUCUGCCGGAAAAAAACGCCAAAUUUAGCAUUGGAUUUAUCUGCCAUGGAAGUAAAAAAUUUUGUUCAAGAUUUCAAAGAUGGGCGGACAUCAAAAGACCGAUCCCCAACACUUGAAGAGCCAAGCGAAAUAAUAGCGCCAAUUAAUUGAAUUUUUCCUGGAAUAUCAUCAUUGAUUGUUUCACCUUUAAUAAGCACCCCUACAAAUGAACUGAAGCUUGAAUGCAUAAAAUUAUUUAUAAUUAUUUUGAUUAACUUGAGGAAUAUUUGUUUUAAAAAUAAUUUUUUGCUUUUUUAAUAGAAAUUGGUAUAAUUUAGAACCUCUUAGAGGUCUCACAUUUAUGCUUGCAAUGGGAGUUUUAGGUAACAAGCCACAAGAGGUAAGUAAAUAUUUUCUUACUGAGCCUAAGUUGAGUAAAUCUUCAAUUGGGUUUAUAUUAGGAGAGAUCAAUAAUUUCUAUAAAGAAGUGGCUUUUGAAUUUAUGAAACAGCUAGGCUUGAAAGGGAUUAAUAUUGUAGUCGCGCUUAGAAAAGUUUUUAGCCAUCUUAUAUUACCUGAGGAAGGAGGAAAAAUCACACAUAUUUUGCAGGCAUUUGGGAACGUUUUUUCUAAACAAAAUUGCCAAUUUGGAAGCCCAGAAGCUAUACAAAGUUUGAGCUUUUCUAUGCUUUUUUAUAUAAAUUAAAUAAAAAAUGCUUUUUAAGUUUAUUUUUAAAGAGUUUUAAUUAAAAAAGCAUAUAAUAAUGCUUGACAAAUCCAUAAAGCAGCAUAACCCUAUUGACAAAGAAAAUUUCAUUACUACCAACAGUGGCUUACGUGACGGAAAAGAUUACCCAGAAGGCAUCCUCAACUGAAUUUAUGACGAAGUCUCCCGGGUUCCUGUCAUUUUUCCUAUAGAAGACCCUAUCGAUUUAAGUCUCUUCGAUAUCCUCGACUUCGAAGGAAUCGUCACCAUAAAAGAAAGAAAAAGACACAUGGGCCUCUUCCAAGGCCUCCUCAUCUUUUUUGGCACCUCAAAAGUCCCUUACGCCUGCCUCGUCCUCAAAGGAGCCGAAAUCAGUGAAAAUUGGCUCACACACCUUGUCACGAUUUCCCACAAAGAAGGCAUGGAAACAGCCAAACUCUCUAAAGAAGGCCGAAUGAAGACCCGCAAAGAGAAAAACCUGGCCUUUAAAAGCGAAAAUUCAAAAAAAUGAAUUGAGGUGCUCAAUGCUGCAGCCUCUUGUAAUACAAAUUAA